GGGGCGGGCGCGCACUGGGCUGCGCAAGGGUGGGGGCGCCGCGCCAGCCCCGCGUAGCGGCUCUGACGCCGCCGCCGCCGCCGCCCUCCGCAGCCCGCGCCCCGCGGCAGCUCCGCAGUGCACUCGCCGCCGCCGCCGCCGCUCCGCCAGCCCCGCCGCCCGCCGGCUCGGGGCCCCCCGGAGAGCCCCCCACCAGGCCGGCCGGAGGGUCAUGAGACAGAGCGCCCCGGGGCGCCGCGGGCAGAGCGAGCGAAGACAGCGGCCUCGCCGCCCCCCGGCCCCCGCCGCCCCGCCGCGCGGCCCCCGCGCCCAGAGCCCCGCGUGUCCUUCCCGCGGGCCCCGCCGCCGCCAUGGCCACCCUGCUCCGCAGCAAGCUGUCCAAUGUGGCCACGUCGGUGUCCCACAAGUCCCAGGCCAAGGUGAGCGGCAUGUUCGCUAGGAUGGGCUUCCAGGCGGCCACCGAUGAGGAGGCGGUGGGCUUCGCGCACUGCGACGACCUCGACUUUGAGCACCGGCAGGGCCUGCAGAUGGACAUCCUGAAGGCCGAGGGCGAGCUCGGCGGCGCCGACGAGGGCGGCGAAGCGCCCGUCGAAGGAGACAUCCACUACCAGCGCGGGGGCGGCGCGCCCCUGCCGCCCUCGGGCUCCAAGGACCAGGCGCUAGGGGCCGGGGGCGAGUUCGGGGGCCAGGACAAGCCCAAGAUCACGGCGUGGGAGGCCGGCUGGAACGUGACCAACGCGAUCCAGGGGAUGUUCGUGCUGGGUCUGCCCUACGCCAUCCUGCACGGCGGCUACCUGGGGCUGUUCCUGAUCAUCUUCGCCGCCGUGGUGUGCUGCUACACGGGCAAGAUCCUCAUCGCGUGCCUGUACGAGGAGAACGAGGACGGCGAGGUGGUGCGCGUGCGGGACUCCUACGUGGCCAUCGCCAACGCCUGCUGCGCCCCGCGCUUCCCCACUCUGGGCGGCCGCGUGGUGAACGUGGCGCAGAUCAUCGAGCUGGUGAUGACCUGCAUCCUGUACGUGGUGGUGAGCGGCAACCUCAUGUACAACAGCUUCCCGGGGCUGCCGGUGUCGCAGAAGUCCUGGUCCAUCAUCGCCACGGCCGUGCUGCUGCCCUGCGCCUUCCUGAAGAACCUCAAGGCCGUGUCCAAGUUCAGCCUGCUGUGCACUUUGGCCCACUUCGUCAUCAACAUCCUGGUCAUCGCCUACUGCCUCUCGCGGGCGCGCGACUGGGCCUGGGAGAAGGUCAAGUUCUACAUCGACGUCAAGAAGUUCCCCAUCUCCAUCGGCAUCAUCGUGUUCAGCUACACGUCGCAGAUCUUCCUGCCCUCGCUGGAGGGCAACAUGCAGCAGCCCAGCGAGUUCCACUGCAUGAUGAACUGGACGCACAUCGCCGCCUGCGUGCUCAAAGGCCUCUUCGCCCUCGUCGCCUACCUCACCUGGGCCGAUGAGACCAAGGAGGUCAUCACCGACAACCUGCCGGGCUCCAUCCGCGCCGUGGUCAACAUCUUCCUGGUGGCCAAGGCGCUGCUGUCCUACCCGCUGCCCUUCUUCGCGGCCGUCGAGGUGCUGGAGAAGUCGCUCUUCCAGGAGGGCGCCCGCGCCUUCUUCCCCGCCUGCUACGGCGGCGACGGGCGCCUCAAAUCCUGGGGCUUGACGCUGCGCUGCGCGCUGGUGGUCUUCACGCUGCUCAUGGCCAUCUACGUGCCGCACUUUGCGCUGCUCAUGGGCCUCACGGGCAGCCUGACGGGCGCCGGCCUCUGCUUCCUGCUGCCCAGCCUCUUCCACCUGCGCCUGCUCUGGCGCAAGCUCUUGUGGCACCAGGUCUUCUUCGACGUGGCCAUCUUCGUCAUCGGCGGCAUCUGCAGCGUGUCCGGCUUCAUACACUCGCUCGAGGGCCUCAUCGAGGCCUACCGAACCAACGCGGAGGACUAGGGCGCGCGCGCGCGGCGGCUGGCCGCGCCCCCGGGCACCCCCGACUCCACCUCCCCUCGGG